AUGCACCUGGCUUGUGGUUUCCAAGCGGUGCACACGUGGGACCUUCAAGUGAGUGGUUGCGACAAGCAUUCCGUGGCGGUGUUAUCAAGUCCUGCGGGGAACUGCGUCGUAGUGCUGUCGAAAACACAAUUACACUUUUGGACGGGCACCAGCGAUGAGAUUUAUAUCGGUUCGGUGCGAAUAGACGGUGCCACUGCUGAGGAUGACCCGGCCACUCACUUCUUGUGGCAUCCAAGGGGAGACUAUCUGGUGGUUGCAACACUACAGCGGCGCAUGCUUUUUUUCAAAGUCUCUCUUGACUUGAAGAGUAUGGAGUUACUGGCGCCGCUGUGUCACAACCAUCUACUCCGCCUUUGUUCUUUGGCCUCUCGUGUGCGGUUUUUAAAGGAGGAGCAUUUAGAAUUUGGUAUUGUGACGUCUCUCACUACAGGCGGACCAAACUGUUUUUUGGCCUGCACAACAGCUGGUGUGAUUUGUGUGAUUGGUUGGUUUCAGCAGAAAAUUUUGCAUACAUGGAGCUGCCAUUCACUGAGUAAAGGGCCCCAUUGCUUUGCCUCCCCAGAGGAGGUGGGGGAAGAGCAUACAGGCACGGAUGUGCGUGUAGCGCGCGGUGAUAUUUUUACUGGAUCCAUUUUGGACGUGCACCAUGCUCUCCAACUAAAAUUGACGGUGUUGUUGUUAGCGAAUGGAUACGUGCUUUUGGCUCAAAGUAAUGUGGGAAGUGAUUUCACAAGGGAUGACAUUGUAUUUUCAGGCAAGUGUGCUUCUGCCCCAGGUGUGGCUCGUAUCUCGAUAAAUUCAAGGCACAUGCUAUUGGCGAUGGCCACACAGGCAGGCGAUGCUGUUUGUAAAUGGAUUAGUGCAGAUCUCUCACUUAAACCCUUCUGGAAUGGAUUGAAGUGUCUAAGCGGCGCGAAGCGGCUUGGCCCUAUCGAAGGCCUGCAAUGGAGCCCCAACGAGGAGUUGCUAUGUGUUGGUUUCUACCACCUUGGCGUGGUUGUUGUUCAUUAUAGUGGGGUGUGCGUGUAUUCCUCAUUGUCGUUUCAUCACCCGCAGCGCCGCGAGGUUGGGGGAUGCAUUUCCUUUUCGUGGAGUUAUUAUGGAUAUCGUCUAUGUGUCAUUGAGCCACUUAGUAGCGGGUUUACGGAGUACAGUUUCAAUCAAAUUAUUUCAAGCCCUACUGUGGACAGCAAAAGCAGUUUUACCCCAUUGGUUGCGUUUGACAAUGAGGUGCUGCGCCUAGCGGGCCAUUUUGCCGCAGAUGGAGGACUUGCCUUGCACGAGGUGGUCAGCGCUCGUUCGCGAUACGUAAUUGAGAAUUACCCCUUGACACACGGUGCUGUAAGUCCUGACGGUAGUUCUCUGGUCCUUGCGGGUAGGAAUGGCUUUGUAUUGUUUGACCGUUUUUCACACCGAUGGCGUUCCCUGCGUGACAAGAAUCAGGAAAAGGAGUUUGCCUGUGUGGCACAACCCCUCUGGCUUAGCAACCUUGCUGUUGUACUACCAGUGCGGAUAACUCACAAUCGUACCUUUGAGUUGCGUGUGUACGCCCACAGGUAUCUAGACGCAAGUGCCUUGCUGGGCCGGGUGCCCUUAGAGAGGAUGCCGUUACACGUGUGUGAAUGCCACGAUGAAUACACUGAUAUUUUUAUACUUGUGGCGGAUUCUUCUAAUGCGCUUCUCCUUUGGCGCUGUGUGAUUGCAUUUGAAGGGCAGCCCUCCGCAGUAGAUGUCAAAAUAUCUUUGGAGUUUAUAACCCGCACACAGUUACCAGAUACUUUUUUGUACCCCGUGGGAAUGGCAUGUAUUCAUCCGGCACGGCUGCGACCUUAUAAAUUUUCUUCUCAUUUUCUUUCAAGUCAACAAAAGGGAUACGAGAAAGCCUUGCCCCAGGCUUUGUUUAUUCUGCGAGGUUCUCACGCCUUGGUCUCUUUUGAUAUUGGUAUUGCUGUGGCGAAUGCCUCCGAAAUGCCACCUCCAAUCAACGUUCUUCGCUCAGAUGGUGUUUGUCGCAUUUGGAUUGAUUAUUCUGUGCCGAUGGAUGGUAGUGUAAUUAUCGUUUUUGACAUUUAUGGUAUUACUCUUCUUCAUUUAAUUGGUAUAGAAGAUGGUAAAGACGCUUUCCUGCGGGCACACAAAUACGGUGUGUCGGAAUUUGAUACCGAAACUCUUCCAGUGGGAGUUUCGACGCAUGAUGGUUGCCUACUCACUGCUGGCUCGACGAAUGAGAUUGUGAGCGCUAUUGGUGGGGCGCCGCCUACGGUUUCUUUGCGGAUGUCCCUCAAGCCUCGUUUGUACAACUAUCGUGUAUUAGCAGCCUUGACUUGCCCGGACUUGCUGGGUUUGUGUACACCGAACGAGGAGCCGACGGCUUCUAGUGUUAGUUCUUUUGUUCCCCUGGUGUGGAGCGAUCGUUUAUUCUACUGGCUGGAAGGUAUGAGAAGAAACGGUACUUUUGUACCCAACGCGGACCACUACUUGCACACGCUUAUUACUGGGUCUCUUCCCUAUAGUCUUGAUCAAAAUUAUCGACGGGCCGCCGUUCAGGCGACUGUAUCUCUUCUUCGACGCUACUCAGAGUUUUACAGUGUGGUGGUGAGCUGCCUUCGGAAGUUAGAUGUUCCUCAGUGGAGGGUCCUCCUUGAUGUUUUGGGGUCCCCGGUUGUUUUUUUUAGGGAAUGCAUUGAAAACCACCGAUUUGAGGAAGCAGCGCAGCUGUUGCGUGUUAUAAUGUUGGAUGGAAGCGUCUCUGACGGGGACGCAUCAGUAGAGUCACUGGAGGCUGCGAUGUUGUCUGCGGUGGAGUUAUUUACGUUUGCCUUGUGGCAGCGCAAGAUUGAUCUGCUUCAAGACUUACUGCGCUUUACGGCGUUGUUGCAAGCGGAGAUUGCAAUGCCCGCCGUAAGAGGCGAUGACCGAGCCAAUGGUUCUGGGGUUUGGACACGUCUUUUAAGUGUCGUUGGCUUCCAGAAGGAUUUGCCUUGUGGUUUUGCUUCGGAGAGGGAACCACUUCGGCUGCUUGCGCUGGAAGAGGUCUCCUGUGGGCCAGCCAGCUCCGGCACGCUGCAACGACGGUCCGCCAUUGAAUAUCUGUUUUGCAACCACCCUACUGUGCGACAGGCCAUAUACGAUGUAGCCUCACAAGCUUUACUUGCAGGCCAUUUGAUGUUGCUCCGUGACAUGUUACAUGAACUAUUUGUGUCUUUGCCGCACUUUGUCGCCUGCAGGACGUGCACAAUAACGGAGGAGCUGCCUAGCAAAUGUCUUAACGACACGUUCACGAUGAAUUGUGGGUUGGAGGGAACUUUUAAUAUCAUGCGGCUUGUAGAUCUUUUUGAUGGUAUUCACAAUGAGCUUGGCCUGCCUCGUAGUGCUCGUUGUAUUGGAACGGAAUUGCAGGAUUCUGUGAUGUCUUUUCUGCAGACGCAAGGAGUCGAGUCCAACAUGGUGAUGUGGACUACCGCACAGAGUUAUCUGUACACCACACCUGGCAUGGUGGAGACGCUACAUGGGCUUCGUGAGCUGUACACUGUUUGGGAAGAAUGCGUCUUGGCUGUGAACGUUAUUUUAAUGAGCGAGAGCAUGGUCAUACGGCAAGUCCAUGCCACUCCCGAGUUUGCUCAGGCGCUGCAGCAUCUCAUAGCCCAACCACAGAAUGUAGGCUACGCAGCCUUUGUACAAGGGUGUAUCGAUGGCUACAACACAACGGCCAUGUCAUCAGUAACGGUACCAUCUAUAGGGUGA